AUGAAGACAAGAACAACAGGCCUUCUUUCAAAGGCGGCCAACCCAUCUCGAAUUUUAUAUUCCACACCAGCAAGUCGUCAUUGUACAUUGAAACGAGAUGACCACAAGCCACCUCAAACACGAAGUCUUUCAACAAUCCGCGCAUCAAGGGGAAGGUGCAGAUCUUCUCAGAACGACCUGACACUGAAUCCAAUACAGCGACGAUCUUUUCAUGCGACAUCAAGAAAUCAAGCCACGAAGAAUCCUUAUGAUGUCCUCGGAGUUGACAAGGGCGCCUCUGCUUCAGCCAUCAAGAAAGCAUAUUAUGGUCUUGCUAAAAAAUUUCAUCCAGACACCAAUAAGGACCCAAAUGCUAAAGAUAAAUUUGCGGAAGCGCAAUCUGCCUAUGAGCUUUUAACCGAUCCACAAAAAAAGGCAGCUUGGGAUCAGUAUGGAUCUGCAGCAUUCGACCAAGGAGCAGGACCCGGACCUGGUGCUGAUCCAUUCGGCGGUGCGGGGGGUUUUGGAGGCUUUGGGGGUGGAUCUGGUGGUUUCCCAGGUGGAGGAUUUGGAGCAGAUUUCAAUUUCGAAGAUUUGUUUAAAGGCUUUACUGGAGGCAAAAGGGGUAGAGGUGGUGGUCGCAAUCCAUUUCAAGAAGAAAUACUUGUGGGAGACAGUAUCGAGGUUCAAACGAAUAUCUCCUUCAUGGAAGCAGCAAAAGGGACCAGCAAAACCAUCAACAUAUCUCCAUUAUCUACUUGCAAAACAUGUACUGGAAACGGUAUGAAAUCUGGGACGAAGCGAUCGGCGUGUAAGUCCUGUGGAGGAACCGGUACUCGCGUGCAUUCUAUGGGUGGUUUUCAAAUGGCUUCAACAUGUAGUGCCUGUGGUGGGCAAGGAAUGUCGAUUCCGCCUGGAGGAGAAUGUAGGACAUGUUCUGGAAAUGGUGUCGUGCGUGAGAGGAAAACUAUCAACGUUGAUAUACCUGGAGGUAUUGAGGAUGGCAUGCGAUUGAGGUUAGACAGGGAAGGUGAUGCUCCAGCUACUGGUCAGGCUGCAAACCCCAAUAGCCCAUCUCAACCUGGUGAUCUUUAUGUACUCGUUCGAGUAGCCACAGAUCCAAAAUUCAGUCGCUCUGGGUCCAACAUCUUAUACACCGCAACAAUUCCUUUUACAACUGCAUUACUUGGAGGUGAGGUAAAGAUACCGACAUUGGAUGGAGAUGUCAGUGUUAAAGUGGCAACUGGAACCGGCACUGGAGACAAGAUUACCCUAGGCGGCAUGGGAAUGAAAAAGCUAGAGGGACGCAGGGGAGGUAAUGGCGACCUGAAAGUUGAAUUCAAGGUCAAUAUGCCCAAAUACCUAAGUGCUAACCAGCGAACAAUUGUGGAAAUGCUCGCUGAUGAGAUGGACGAUAAGACGGCCAAGCGAAUUAUGAAUGUUGGCCGUUCCUCAAGCUCUUCGCCAUCUUCCCCAUCAAAUACCGAAGAGAACAACAAGCAAGAAGGGUUCCUUAAAUCCGUCUGGCACAAGUUCACAGACGGUGCUAAUUCGCCAAAUGAAGGCGAUAAAGAAGACGACCCUAAGAAGAAAUGA